AUGAUUGCGAUUUGUGGAAAUGGCGGAUCGCGGUUUUAUCUCUCCCUCCAUCGAUAUCCCAUCGCUCAGCGUCUAAAUUGUUUCUCGACAACAGCGUCCCUCCUUGCGAAGAAGAAGAUGCCCCCCAAAAAGGCUGCAGCGCCUGAGAAGAAAACUCUCCUCGGACGACCGAGCAACAACCUCAAGAUUGGCAUCGUAGGUUUGCCCAAUGUCGGAAAGUCCUCUUUCUUCAACGUGCUUUCCGAGACCGACCUCGGAAAGGCCGCAAAUUUCCCGUACGCUACCAUAAACCCUGAGGAGGCCCGUAUACCUGUUCCGGACGCGCGGUUCGAGUGGCUUUGCGAGAUUUACAAACCUGCCUCACGAGUACCUGCUUUCCUGACCUGCAUCGAUAUUGCCGGUUUGACAGCGGGUGCUUCUACCGGUGCUGGCCUUGGUAACGCCUUCCUAUCCCACGUUCGCGCCGUCGAUGGUAUCUUCCAAGUCGUACGCGCCUUCGACGAUGCAGAGGUCAUCCACGUCGAGGGCGACGUCGAUCCUAUCCGUGAUAUGGAGAUCAUCUCCACUGAGCUGAGGCUGAAGGACAUCGACUGGAUUGAGAAGGCGUUGGAUAACUUGAAGAGGUCGGGUCGAAACCUCGGAAGUACCAGUCUGGCUGACAGGGCUAAGAAGGAAGAAAUUGCAACGGUCGAGAAGAUCCUGAAGACACUCACGGUUGAUGGAAGGGAUGUUCGGAAAGUCGAAUGGACCAACAAAGAGAUAGACGUGGUCAACGGUCUGCAACUCCUCACCGCCAAACCCAUCACCUACCUGGUCAACCUGAGCGAAAAGGACUACGUGCGCAAGAAGAACAAAUGGUUGCCCAAGAUCAAAGCCUGGAUCGAUAGCAACAACCCCGGAGACCCGCUGAUCCCAUUCUCUGUCGCUCUCGAAGAGCGAUUGGGUGCGAUGAGCGCAGAGGAGAAGAAGGCCGAGGAGGAAUCGAUCGGUGCUACCAGUGCACUUCCCAAGAUCACUCAGGCUGGUUAUUCAAGUCUGAUGUACCUCAUUCGGUACUUCACAUGUGGCCCUGACGAAGUUCGAGCAUGGACUAUUCGGAAAGGCACGAAGGCACCCCAAGCCGCUGGUGUCAUUCACUCCGACUUCGAGAACAAAUUCGUCUGUGGUGAAAUCAUGUCCUACGACGACCUUAGGGAGCACGGAAGCGAAGUUUCUGUGAAAGCCGCUGGCAAGCUUCGGCAGCAAGGAAAGCCAUACGAAAUGGUGGAUGGUGAUAUUGCUUACUGGAAAGCGGGCGGCUGA